CGUUCCUCCGUAGAUAAGGCUUUCGUUGCUCCUCGCCCUUCCUCGAGCAGAGCAAAGGCAGAAGAAGAAGCAGCAAGAGAAGAGUCACCCUGCAUUUUGCUGCCUUCGUCAUAACAUAUACGGCCGUCUCUCUUUCUUUCUUUCUCUCUCUCUCUCUCUCUAUCUACUUCAGUUUCGAUUCUUUCCAUGAUGGUUCUGCAGUAUUGGGACAAUGUGUGGGAUCGGAAACUCAAACCAUCAUCAUUGGUUUGUCCGAAUUGAGGCUUGAGAAGAUUAAAGAACUAGAGUUUCGUCUAAAGGUGCCACUGUAAUAUCAAAACCCUCUAUAGGCCCUGUACCUUGAGGGUUCCGCUAUCGGGCUUCAACAUGGCUUCUGCUUCUGCUUCUGCUUCUUGGGUAUACCGAGCGGUUGGAGCUUGGAGUUCGGUUUCCGUCGAGAAUGCUGGCGAGGGGAGAACAGAUACCAAGACGUUUCAGGUAAGAUUUAUACCUUCGAUUCAAUUGCAAACAAAGAAGUGCAGUUAUGCAUGGGGUGGUUGUCUGUCUGAAAGGAAAGCCCAUUUCUUUCCAUCAAUAAAGUGUUCAAAGAAGGAUGAGUAUGUUGAUCCAUUAUCUGUUGAGCGUCCACCUUAUCACAGCUACAUGGAUUCUACUUCUGGAGAGAUGGAACCAGCAUCUGGUGCACGUGCAAGUAUUCCUGGGCAGGAAUACUGGCCUGAGGGUACAGUCAACCGUGUAAGAGCUGCAAGGGCUCCUGAACCAGCAGGCAAUUCUGAAGGAGAAUCUUCAUAUGGGAAAAAGCCUGGAAGCAGAAGGAAGAAAUUCAAGGAAAAGCCAUUGGCAGUAGAAUCUUCAGACCCAAUUGCUGAUUCUAGUGAUAUGCCUGUUCUCGAACCUUCAGACAUUGUUUCUGAAGAUCCAAAGGAUCUCUCAACAGAAUAUGUUGUUUAUCAAACAGCAGAAGAGGAAGAAAAGGGUACUUCUUAUGAGCUAGACAAGAAAUAUGGGCGUCCUCAUCCAUUAAUUGAUCCAGAUAAGAAGAAGCCAUUAGAAGAACCUCUUACAAGUGAAGAGCUAUGGUGGAAUUGGCGUAAACCUAAGGACACAUGGUCUAGAUGGCAGCGAAGGCGCCCUGAUGUUGAAACGGUAUUUACCAAGGCAAUGGCGGAGACAGGACAGAUCAAGAUAUAUGGAGAUCAUCCAACACUCACAGAAACUUCCAUUUAUAGGGCAAGAAGGCAUCUUUUCAAAGAAGAGAGACUACGAGCUGAACAGGAAAGAUUGGAAAAGAUUGGUGCUAUUGCAUACUAUUCAGAAUGGGUUAAAGCGUGGAAGAGAGACACAUCCCGCGAAGCAGUGCAAAAACAUUUUGAAGAGACUGGUGAGGAUGAAAAUACACAGCUCUUGACUAUGUUCCAGUACCAAACCGAUAGAGAAUAUCGUAUCAUGAUGGGAACUGAUAACCGAAUUCGCCGUGACCCAUUGGCAAUGCGAAUGAGAGAAGAUCAGAUAAAAGAAAUAUGGGGAGGUGAUCCAGUUUAUCCGACUAUAAAUUACAUCCAAGAUCCUGAUGAAGUCAUUGACUAUAGGGGCCCAGAAUUUCAUGAGCCAACACCUAACAUGCUAGCAUAUCUUAUGGAGGAAGGAAAAAUCAUCUCAAGAGACGAACUACAGAAAAUAUUGGCCAAAGAAAAAACUGAGGAAUUAGAGCGGGUUACUGACAUGGAUGAAGCAAUGGCCCAAGCUGUUGAUAUCGGUGAAAAUGAUGAUGAUGAGGAUAGUGAAAUGGAAGGGGAGGGGGAAGGGGAUGAUAAGAUGGAUGAGAAAGUUCCGCGCAAUUGGAGUGUUCUGAAGAGUAAUCCUGAGCUUCACAAAUCAAAGGAGAAAGGGAAGAAAGAUGAGCUAAUGACAUUAGAAGAGGCUAUAGACGACUCCAAAAACCUGACAGAUUUCCUGAUGGAUUUUGAUGUUGAUGAUGACCAGUAACUCGUCAUUAGGGAAAGACCAGCAAAUGAGGUUCUGUCGCAAAAUCCAGUUAUAUAAGAGUUACUUGUACAAGUAGUGGAAUCGUUACAAAUUUGGGUGCUUUUAGUUGGAGCUGUCACAUACAGCUUCUAUGGCUGAUUCCCGGAGGAACUAAAAGAGACCCCAGCUUCUGCCCUGCGACAAGAGAUUCUGGCUUUGUGAAAGUUUUAAUUAACUGGGUGUUGUAAGUUGCCUUUUGCUUGAGCCACUCAAACAUUUUCCCCUGUACAUUCAAGUUCCUUAAGAACCAUAGUUUGACUGUUUUCACUCUUUA